CUCACACGCGCUCAUUGUGGACUGCGGCCAGAAAUAACAGAUCACACUGCGAAGAACAGGUGAACAAUGUACUAAUUUUACCAUGAACGUACACUUCCUCUACUGCAAUGACAGCUAUAUGUUGGUAUUUUGGCCCAUUUCUCCUCCUUAUCUUGGUGACCAUGAUAUUGAGUGCUGAGACAGGGCAGAAUGCAGCCAUAGAAAUCUUCAGUGACAAUGCCGUUAUCCCGCCCAGGCCAGAGGCAUCCAUACAUCAACACAGUCAUCACAGGAAGCACAGAGGUCACAAGGAGAGGAUGAUAGCAGGUCAGCUUAGAAAGAGGCCUCACAUUACUGUGAUCCACACCCAAAAUGAAGGACCAGAGCUGAAGGGCCUCAGUCCCGUCCGCUUAGAGAUGAAUCAAGGAGAUAAAAGACGGGUAAUGAGUCUGACAAAGAGGAUCUUCAUGGGGUUUGAUUCCUUAAUUCCAGAGCAAAUGAAUAUUUCUCCUGGUACUGAGAUUCCAGAGAAGGCAAUGAGACACCUUACUGGUCGCAAUAAUAAUAAAGAGUCUGGGGCACCAGUGAAGAAAAUGAGGGUUUCUUUUGAUCAGAGGCUGAAUAAAAACUCAUUUGGGACUCCCACAGAGCCUGUAUUCCCUGUAGCAGUCGGUGGGGAACCCUCUGCACAGCCAACCCCCACCAGUAAACUACAGGUCAAAAGUUACUCAGAUGGGGAUGCGAUACCCACUUUAAACAUGGCAAUCUUUGACUGGACUGAUUAUGAAGAUAUGAGGCUUAUACACAAACAGCAAUCCUCCAAGAAGAGAGCUAAGUGGAAUCCAGGCUCUGACAUACAGCCCACAAAGACCAGCAGCAGUGGGAAUGUGACACUUCUACCAGAUGUGAACUGUAAUCAUCACCUGGACUGUCUGCCAGGUUCCUGCUGCAAUCUCAGAAGUAACGUAUGUGAGCUUCAUAACCGUGGCCUUAACAACAAGUGCUACGACAACUGCAUGUGUGAGGAAGGGCUCCAGUGUUCUGCUAAAUUACACAGGCAUUACCGCAUCACUCGCAAAAAGGGACGAUGUGUUGAUCCUGAGGGUGUAAACUUAAACCAUGUCAUGUUCAUUGUUGUAUAAUUGAGGCAGAACAAUUUGUUAUAUUUCACUCUGACAAGGCUUUCCAAAUGCAUGUGAUUGCAUUUUGCACUAUGUUGGAAAUUUUUAUAUGUACAUCCUACUCCAUGUUUAUAAUUAUCUGUCGGUUGUCUCCUUUCAUAUAUUUGUUUCCUAAAUUUGUAAAACAUUGACAAUAAUAUUUGGGGAAUAAAUAAGACUGACUGUAUUUUCAGAUGUUUUAUGUAAACCGAUGAUGUACACUUGCAUGUCCAAUGAAUUCAAAUGAAUGAAGACUGAGCUACUGUGUUACUGUUGUAUGUGUGAUAUUUGAGCUAUGGUGAUGUGUCAUUGUGGUCUUUCAAAAUUUGU